GUCAUCAACAACACGAUCGCCGCACCCCGUAUUAAGCAAGGGAAAGUCAAUCGACAAGCGGUCACCAUCCACUCUCCCUCAAUGCAAAAUUGCGCCGAUAAUCCAUUCGUAACGACGACAUUCAUCGACGCUCUCAUUUUUCUAAAUUCGGCGAUUACUACGCGAUUUUACCCAAUUGCCCAAGUCGACGGAUUUAAUACCAGUUAGUACCUCGAAUAUCGAGACCCGAGAGAGAAAAGAAUCGUGGCCACGAGAGCCUAGUCUGGCGGACACGUCGGGUUGAACGGGCUCGGCCCGCAACUCUCCCAUGAUGGCGAAAGACGAUGGAGUAAAUAGCCCGGAUGACAAGACAAUGAAGAGAUCGAGAUGGGCAACUCGAAAACUUACUGUCAAGAGUAGUAGUCUUAAGAGGCUUUCUCUCAAAGGUCGUAUACACAAGAGAACAGGUUCCUCGGCGGAGAAGAAACGUACUUCGGGCGGUAGUCAGUCCACGACAAGCGACAAUGAUCCUUACGACAGCACCACCGCGACCGAUCGUAAUGAUCAGACCGACGCGAACAGCACAACAUCUUCCGAGGAAGGGGAGGACAGGAUGGUGUUCUUCAAUCUACCUUUACCUGACGAUAUGAAGGAUGAAGAGGGCAACCCGUCUCGCAUCUAUGCUCGAAACAAGAUUCGGACUGCCAAAUACACGCCGUUGUCUUUUAUCCCGAAGAACUUGUGGUUUCAAUUCCACAACAUCGCCAACAUUUUUUUCUUAUUCAUGGUCGUCCUUGUGAUCUUUCCCAUUUUUGGAGGAGUUAACCCAGGACUCAACGCGUUACCUUUGAUAUUCAUUCUUGCUGUGACCUCUAUCAAAGACGCCAUUGAAGAUUAUCGCAGGACGAUUCUCGAUAUCGAAUUGAACAACGCACCCGUACAUCGUCUAGUCGGCUGGAAUAAUGUCAAUGUUACUGAAGAUAACGUCUCUCUUUGGCGAAAGAUUAAGAAGGCCACUUCGCGAAACCUUGCUUUGUUUUGGCGCACGACGCAGAGUCUAUGGAAAAAGAAGGAGCAAAAGGGCACGCCAGAAAAUGCCAUGAAUCCGCGUGUCUCUAUUGAAACCAAGGCAACGCGCCGCGAAUCUAUGCUGUCUCCCCGCGAUAACAGGGCUUCAUAUAUGUCUGCCUAUGAAGACAUUCAGAUGACUCCAGUCACUUCACCCCUCCCUCCGCAGACUAACCAGAAAGAUAUGCUUGAAGUCAACGAGCGUCCAACCUCGGGGCAGUCUUUCAAUCCCGAAGAGUCGAAGUUGGCUAGGGUAAAGGGCGACUUGAUUAAUCACGAUGCACCUUCAACUGGUCGAGCUAAGUUUCAGAAGGAUCACUGGAAGAAUCUACAGGUCGGAGAUUUUGUGCGACUUUAUAACGACGAUGAACUACCCGCGGAUGUUAUUGUUCUUGCGACCUCUGAUUCGGAUGGUGCCUGCUACGUCGAGACGAAGAAUUUGGAUGGAGAGACCAACUUAAAGGUUCGCCAAGCACUCCGAUGUGGACGAACGUUGAAGCAUGCCAGGGAUUGUGAACGCGCUCAAUUCAUCAUUGAGAGUGAACCUCCGCAGCCUAAUCUCUACAAAUAUAACGGUGCUAUCAAAUGGGAUCAAGUGACGGCUCUUGGACCUACCGAAAUGUCCGAACCGAUUACCAUAGACAACUUACUCCUCCGAGGUUGCAAUCUAAGGAACACUGAAUGGGUACUGGGCGUUGUUAUAUUCACCGGUCAGGACACCAAGAUCAUGCAGAACGCGGGUGUCACGCCAAGCAAGCGUGCUCGGAUCGCUCGCGAGUUAAACUUCAACGUCGUUUGCAACUUCGGUAUCCUUGGAGCAUUGUGCCUUCUCUGUGCUAUUGUCAACGGAGUAUCGUGGUCCAAGAGCGACGCCUCUACUGCUUGGUUUGACUACGGUUCAAUUGGCGGCAGCCCUGCUAUGACUGGUUUCAUUACUUUCUGGGCGGCACUUAUCAACUUCCAGAAUUUCGUCCCUAUCUCGCUUUACAUCUCCCUCGAAAUCGUGCGAACAUUACAGGCUAUUUUCAUUUACAGCGAUGUCGAGAUGUAUUACGACAAGAUUGACUAUCCCUGUGUACCGAAGUCGUGGAACAUUUCAGACGAUGUCGGACAGAUUGAAUACAUUUUCUCGGACAAGACAGGAACACUCACCCAGAACGUCAUGGAAUUCAAGAAAGCUACUAUCAAUGGUCAACCGUACGGAGAAGCCUACACCGAAGCAAUGGCUGGUAUGCAGAAACGCUUAGGUGUCGAUGUGGUAAAAGAAGCUGCUAGAGCCAGAGAACAGAUUGCCGCUGGGAAAACUCACGCACUAGAAGGACUGAGAACGCUACAUAACAACCCGUAUCUACAUGACGAGGAUAUGACCUUCAUAGCUCCCGAUUUCGUUGAUGAUCUCCAAGGACAGUCUGGAGAGGAACAGAAGCAAGCAAACGCAAACUUCAUGCUUGCCCUGGCUCUUUGCCACACCGUUAUCGCAGAACAUAUUCCAGGCGACCCUCCAAAGAUCGAGUUUAAAGCUCAGUCCCCGGAUGAAGCAGCUCUUGUAUCAACUGCCCGCGAUAUGGGAUUCACCGUACUUGGUCAGACAUCGGAUGGUAUCAGGUUGAACGUCAUGGGCGAGGAAAUCCACUAUCCGAUCCUCAACAUAAUUGAAUUCAACUCCAGUCGAAAGCGUAUGAGUGCCAUCAUCAAGAUGCCCGACGGUCGAAUCGUUCUUUUCUGCAAGGGUGCGGAUAGUAUUAUCUACUCGCGUCUUAAGCGUGGAGAGCAAGCGGGGCUUCGCAAGACUACUGCCGAACACCUUGAAAUGUUUGCCCGUGAAGGUCUACGAACCCUGUGCAUUGCUCAGCGUGUACUCUCUGAACAGGAAUAUCUCGAAUGGCGUAAGGAGCACGAUAAGGCCGCUACUGCCAUGCAGGACAGAGAAGAAAAACUAGAAGAAGUCGCCGACAAGAUUGAGCAGGAGCUAAGUUUACUUGGAGGAACCGCCAUCGAGGAUCGACUACAAGAUGGUGUUCCGGACACAAUCGAAUUACUUGGUCGCGCAGGAAUCAAGCUGUGGGUGCUCACCGGAGACAAAGUUGAGACCGCUAUCAACAUCGGUUUCUCGUGCAACCUGCUUAACAAUGACAUGGAACUUAUCCAUCUUAAAGUGUUGGAAGAUGAAUCUGGCGGCACGUCCGAUGAAGCAUUCAUGAGCUUAGUUGAACAAGAACUCGACAAGAACCUAAAGACAUUCGGUAUUACCGGUGGUAACGAAGACUUGGCUGAAGCUAGAAAGAACCAUGAGCCGCCAGCACCAACUCAUGCUCUGGUUAUUGACGGGUUCACUCUGAGAUGGGUGCUCAAUGAUAGCUUGAAGCAGAAAUUCUUGCUUCUUUGCAAGCAAUGUGCAUCUGUUCUCUGCUGCCGUGUCAGUCCCGCUCAGAAAGCCUCUGUCGUCUCUAUGGUCAAGAACGGUCUCGACGUCAUGACAUUGUCUAUCGGAGACGGCGCCAAUGACGUCGCCAUGAUCCAGGAGGCCGACGUCGGUGUGGGUAUUGCGGGUGUUGAAGGUAGACAAGCUGUUAUGUCCGCUGAUUACGCUAUUGGUCAAUUCCGCUUCCUUCAGCGGCUAGUCCUGGUUCAUGGCCGUUGGUCCUACCGAAGAAUGGCUGAAGCCAUCGCUAACUUCUUCUACAAGAACAUGGUUUGGACCUUGAGCAUCUUAUGGUUCCAGUGCUUCUGCAAUUUCGAUAUCACCUACCUCUUCGAGUACACUUAUAUCCUUCUUUUUAACCUCAUCUUCACCUCUGUCCCCCCCAUCGUCAUUGGUGUUCUCGACCAAGAUGUCUCUGACAAGGUUUCCCUGGCCGUCCCUCAAUUAUAUCGGCGUGGCAUUGAGCGUCUUGAAUGGACUCAACACAAAUUUUGGCUGUACAUGUUUGACGGCCUCUAUCAGAGCGUGAUAUGCUUCUUUAUCACCUACUUGGCUUUCUCUCCGACCUCGGCCGUGACCCCAAAUGGAUUAGAUGUUGGCGAUCGAUACCGUCUUGGAAUCUAUGUUACUCACCCAGCCGUGAUAACAAUCAAUCUUUACAUUCUCAUCAACACCUACCGAUGGGAUUGGCUCACGGUAUUGAUCAUCGUUGUUAGUGACCUUCUAAUCUUUUUCUGGACCGGUGUAUAUACCUCGUCGACAUAUGCCGCCACACUCUAUGGAGCAGCCCCGCAGAUUUACGGUGAGGCUUCAUUCUGGGCAGUUUUGGUUGCUACUCCAAUCAUCGCAUUGGCACCCCGAUACGCUAUCAAAGCUCUACGCAAAGUCUUCUGGCCCCGUGAUGUCGACAUCAUUCGGGAGCAGGUUACCAUUGGUAAAUUUGACGAGGUAGAGAAGGAAACCGUAGAAGAGGACUUGGUUAAGUCUGCUUCAUCGGAUUCAUCGCGAUCAUCUCGGAAUCGACGACACAAGCAGUUCGAGAGUGUCGACGAAGAUUUAAGACCGAUUUAUCCGCCUUCUGUCGCGACGCAGUCUGUUAUUGGACAUAAUGCUCACAGCCAGAACGGCAGUGACGGUACCAAUUACACCAGACACGAACCUUCACUUGAUGUACCAAGAGUUGCCCAACCUGUGGAUCCACCAGCGGAGCCUCCAGUACGACCAUCCUACGAUCGCGUCCGACCAUCAUACGACCGUAUGCGUGCCUCUAUGGAUCGUGUUAGAUAUAGUUACGAAAUGUCCAACGAGUUUACUUCGGCCGCUAUGUUAAGCAGAUUUGAAUCGACCCACUCUGUCUCGCGACCACCUGAGGGCAACGGAAUUGUCAGCCGAAUAAGGAGACGAACCCGAGGCAAAUCCUUCAAGACAGCAUUCGCCCAUCACAAAGACAACAACAUCCGCGAACACGAGUAAAUAACCCUCGGUUAAUAACCGCAAAUCUUGUAAAAUAGUGUGCUGCGCAAUCCUUGACUUCGUUUACUCCGUUCAGUAUGAUAUCCGGGGCACUAGAUGCCCAAAUACGAUCUCGAACGAAUUAUUUACGACACUGCUGUAAUCUUCUCAGCUAAAAGAACAAACCGAACUUCUUUCGAACGAACUGUCUACACUUUUUCCUCUUUUCCAUUUGCG